UAGCUGCUGCAGCAAAUAGUUUCUAAUUAUUUUAUCUAGUUCAAAACUCUCAUUUCGAGAACAAUUUUAAUAAAUCAACAUGAACUAUCUAAUACAACGCGGCAAGGUUCGCCAACAGGCUAUCGGUGUUCCUGAAGGUCUGCCCGAGUUGUUAUCGGAUAUAACUCGCGAGGUGUUGAGAUGUCAACCAACUAAAGAGUGUCUCUGUCAGUUCAUCAUAGACUAUUUGCAUUCGGUCAUUGUAACGCGGGAGAAGGCAAUGGUUGCAAGGAGCAUAUUGGAUCGUGCACUUCGUCAAGUAGACAGCAUCAUAUCGGACUUGUGUGUUUGCGAUCUAACCAAAGAAAAAUCCGAUAUGAUGAGUCAGGUUUUGGAGGAUUGUUUCCGAAAUUUCUUAGAGAAGCGUAGAUGUGAAAUGCGGCGCGACAAGAAAGCCAUUCAAUUUGCAGAUGUCGACAUGCUUGAGGAGUUGAUACAGAAAUGCGGUUUCUCAGAGGAGGAACUGGACAAAUCACGGCCAACAAUUGAGAGCGCCUAUAAGCGUUUUGUUGACGCCUAUAUGGCUGCUGCUGUCGACACCAAGGGCACCGAGAUACUCUACCAGUAUUUCCGCGAUCGUGAACUAAAGCGAAUUGAAAUAUUGAUCCAAAAAAAAGCGGCUACUACCAUCCAGGCUGCUUGGCGUGGCUAUGCAGUCCGGAGGACGUUGGCUCAGCAUGUCUGCACGUGCAUUUGCACUCUGGAUAACAAAGAUGAGGAGGAAGCUAAACAACGGGAAGCUGCUGCUCGUACUAUACAGCGGUUCUUCAAGAAAAUGCUUUUACGGCAAUCAAUUAAACCGAUGGGUGAUCCGUGUGAGGAAAAAGAAACUCCGAGAGAUAGCAUAUCAGCAGCUGCUGGUGCCCCAACUGGGCCUCCAACGGAAACUAUUGCUGCAACUGUUGAUGAAACUGAGGCGACAAAAAUAAAGAUAGCUGAUGAAGACGCCACUGCAAUCUCAACAGACGAAGCUUCGCCUGCAGCUGCUGAAGAGACGCCACCAGCAGAUGCCGGCGAGGUUAAGCAAGAAGUUACACAAGAUGAAGCUCCCAUAGAAACUGUCACGAUUGAAGAAUCUCAUGAGACACAACCUCCUACUGAGGUUGAAACAUCCGCAGAGCAGCCUCCGCCAACUGAAGAAGCGGUAGCACCAGAACCUCCAGCUGAAAACGCAGAGGCGCCAGCAGCUGCCGAAGAGCCCGCUGCAGAAGCCACCGAAGAAGCUCCGCCUGCCGCAGAAUCAUAAAUGGAACGUUGUUUUUAAUGUUAUAACUUUUAAUCGCUCAUAUAAGUUUGUGAUCUUCUGCUUGUAAAUUAGUUAAACGUGUAAUUCAAUAUGUGAAUGAAU